ACAUAGUUACAUAAUAACCCAAUGAGACUUAUCAGAUCAUCAUAUAAUCAUCACAUGUUGGUUCGAUACUUUAAAACACUCUCUAGGUCUAACAUAUUAAAAUUAUUUGUGUACAUUUGUUGUAAUCAAACAGUGCAAUCAGUUCAAAAAUGAUUUGUGUUGCUAUCUUUGUCCACCUGCUGACCACUGGAUGGAUAUACGCUAACCCUGCAUCCGAGAGAGCAAUCAUCAUCGGGAUGUCCAACGAGGACCGUGGACCGGUCGAGACAUCCAUCAGAGAUAAACUCAUGUCGAGGCUGAGGCCGAUGUACCUGGACGUCAUCAACCAGUCGAUCAUGUACGGAGAGAGGGAGAGCGACGAGAGAUACUUCACUGUCAUCAUCGUGUCUUCAGCCUUUGUUGGUUCAAAUAACUACCAGAGACAUUUAUGUGUGAAUGGGAUUUUGGAAGAAGAAAUGGCCACUCAUAUCCAUGCGUUAGCAAUUGUGGCCAAAACACCAGACGAGUGGAGAAUAGAACAUUACGCUACUCCUGCAGCUGAAAUGGCCCCAGAAAACUUCAGUGAAGUUUUUCCUAUCUAGCAAACAGACGAUGAGUCGUGUGCCAUUUUCUGGAGGCCCUGUAGAGAUGGGAAUCCGCAAGAAAAUUACAGAGAAAUUGAACCCUUUACAUUUGGAAGUAAUCAAUGAGUCAUACAAACAUAAUGCUCCACCUGGCACUGAGGCACAUUUCAAAGUGAUCGUCGUGGCUGAGCAGUUCAAA